UCACCUGUGACCAGGACCCGCCCUCCACACCUGACACCAUGUCCCACUCCUGCUGCUCCCCUUGCUGCCAGCCCACCUGCUGCAGGACCACCUGCUGCAAGACCACCUGCUGGAAACCAGCGUGCAUCACCAGCUGCUGCAGCGCCCCCUGCUGCCAGCCCAGCUGCUGUGGCCAAACCAGCUGUGGCUCCAGCUGCUGCCAGCCCUGCUGCCGCCCAUCCUGCUGUCAGACAACCUGCUGCACGACCUGCUUCAAGCCCAGCUGUGUGACCAGCUGCUGCAGCACCCCUAUCUGCCAGCCUAGGUGCUGCGUGUCCAGCUGCUGCCAGCCCAGCUGCUGCCAGCCCAGCUGCUGUCAGUCCAGCUGCUGCCAGCCCAGCUGCUGCCAGCCCAGCUGCUGUCAGUCCAGCUGCUGCCAGCCCAGCUGCUGCCAGCCCAGCUGCUGCCAGCCCAGCUGUUGCCAGCCUACCUGCUGCCAGCCCACCUGCUGCCAGCCGGCCUGCUCUGGACCUGUGUACUGCACCAGAACCUGCUACUAUCCUACCUGUGUCCGCCUGUGCAGUGGCCUCCCCGAGAGCUACGGAUCCGGCUGCUGCCAGCCCUGCAGCUGCUGACAAAUCUACCACAGCACCAUGACCGACCUUACACAGACCUCCCAAGUGCCAGCACCAUGGAACUCACCCUCCUCUCUCGGCUAAUUAUACACAGUCAUCCUACUGCCAGCACCGUCUGGCCAGUACACAGGAAGCUGGACCGGGGGGGACAAUCCCAGCCUCUGUGGGGUUCUCUUCACUCAGCCGCUGCUCAUCAGCCUCCGCUCCUCUCCUGGAUUCCUCCCUUCAGCUGUGACAAAGUGAUUGAGCUAAAGAAGCUGAGGAAACUCAUGACUCUCACACUAGGUCUUUGCAAAGUCAAGCUGUGAUAAGUUUGCUUCAAUGUACUCCGUAUUCUGUGACUUUCAUGACAACCUAAUGUGCUUUCCCCAUUCUAUCUUCUGUUCUCACUUGUCCUAAUAAAGUCCUAGCUGUUCCGCAUCCUA